AUAAGUAAAGCUUCGUUAGAAGCGUACAACUAUACCCAAGUUCUGGACCAUUUUGGAUACACGCCAGAGAGCUAUCAAACCUUUCCGCAGAGAUAUUUCAUGGACAAGUCCAACUGGGGUGGCGCUCAAAAUAAUUCUCCCAUAUUUGUAUGGUUGGGUGAGGAACAAGACAUUACAGCCGAUCUAUUCGUGGGCAUCAUGAAAGAGCAGGCUCCUAACUUCAAAGCUCUUUUGGUCUACAUAGAGCAUCGUUAUUAUGGAACGUCAAUGCCAUUUGGGGGAGAGCAGGAGGCUUAUGCAAAUGCGACCACGAUGGGUUAUUUCACAUCCACGCAGACCUUGGCAGAUUAUGCGACAGUCAUUGUCGAUUUGAAGAAAACAUUAAAUGCUGAGAAGUGUCCAGUCGUUGUGUUUGGUGGUUCCUAUGGUGGAAUGCUAGCUGCAUGGUUUCGCCUUAAGUAUCCUCACAUAACAAUCGGUGCCCUCGCAUCAUCUGCUCCUCUCCUUUACUUCGACGACAUCACUCCCACUUAUGGUUAUGGCAGCGUUGUCACCAAGGACUUCAGAAAUGCAAGCGACAUCUGCUACAGAAGAAUCAAUGAAUCGUGGGCUAUGAUGGACAAAAUCGCGUCUAGCCCUCAAGGCUUGCUAAACCUAAGUAAACUAUUUAACACUUGCCAAAAUAUUACUCAUACGGUUGCCCUGUACGAUGUCCUUGAAGAUAUCUACGAGUCCGCAGCACAGUACAAUUUUCAACAAGUUGAAGGAAUCUGCGAAGCAAUCAACAGCCUACCCGGAGAUACAGACACUGUUAGCAGAAUAGCCCAUGCUGCAAGUUUAUCAUAUUUAGCCAUACCAUGCUUGGAUUUGAGUCCAAUUACUUAUUCCGGAUGGGACUGGCAGACAUGCACUGAAAUGGUGUUUCCAAUAAGCAAUCCUCCUGGCACGACAAUGUUACCUCCCUCCGUCUUUGAUAUCAAUUCCUACUCAAGGGAAUGCUACCUUCAAUUCGGAGUCUUGCCACGCCAACACUGGGCAACAACUGAAUUCGGAGGACACGAUAUAAAAAAGGUGUUGAAAGAUUUUGGAAGCAAUAUCAUUUUCUCCAACGGUUUAAGAGAUCCAUGGAGCAGUGGAGGUGUGUUGGCGAAUAUUUCUGAAAGCAUUGUAGCUAUCACCACCGAAGAGGGAACUCAUUGUGAAGACAUUGUACCAAGCACUAACGACGAUCCAGUCUGGCUGAAAGAACAACGAGGAAAAGAGAUAAUGAUCAUCCAGAAAUGGAUUAAUGAUUAUAAUAACUAA